AUGGGUGUUUUGUACGGAGCAUAUGAUGAUGCGCUGCCAGAGAAAGUUUAUGACAUAAUUGACGGCUUCACAACUCCUACUUCCCAACCAAGCUCUUCAACUUCUCAACCAGAAAUAGAGUAUUACGAAGUUGAUUUUGGAGCGCUAGGAACGAUCCGUGGUUACUUGAAUCCAGACUAUCCGGAUGUUGUCGUUAUGCGCGGUAUCCCUUUUAUGAAGCCUCCUGUCGGCGACCUCCGCUGGAAAGCCCCUGUCAUCGAGCGCAGCCUUGAGGGAUAUCCAAGGUCGGAAAUCAUCGACGACGAAUGGACCGGAGUUUACAUUGCUGAAGAAGCUACUCCGAGCUGUCCGAAUGCAUUCAAUGUCAAUCCUUCAAUAACGGAAGACUGCACGUACUUGGAUAUUUUCGUCCCUCGGAGAGCAAUUGAGAACAAAGAAAAAUUGAAAAUCUUUCUUUACUUCCAUGGCGGCGCGUUUUUGGGAGGCACCAACAAAGUCAUUUCUCCAAAUAAGGGGUCGAUUAUUGCUCUGGAGCAGAACAUCGUCGUCAUGUCAGCAAAUUAUCGACUUGGCGCUUUCGGGUUUUUGUUUUCCGAGUUGCUCGAUGACCGAAUUGACAAAGAACACGGUCUUGAGUAUUACGACGAUAAAAUUACUUCUGGAAAUCAAGGAUUAAUGGACCAGCAGAUGGCGAUGAUCUGGACUGGCGAAUAUUCGAAGUACUUUGGUGGCGAUAAAGACGAUAUCACCAUCGGCGGAAUGAGCGCAGGCGGGCAAAGUGUACAUGCUCAUUUAGUUAUGCCGAGCAGCGAAAAAUUGUUUCAUAAAGCAAUCGCCUUCUCCGGACCAAAUGGCAUUCCGUAUUAUAAUGAUACUGAAGGUGAACAAAUCCUGCAAGGAAUAGCGGAAUUGACGGAUUGCUGCGAAGGACCUGAGGAUGUUGAAGGCAUCGAAGGACUUAUUCCCACCUGUGAUGGGCCAACAACUCCCGAAAUAAUCUCCUGUAUGAUGGGUAAGACAACGCUGCAGAUAAACCGAGCUGCCUGGACUUUGAGCCAAGCUGCUCCAAUCGGAAAUUUUGAGCGAUUAACGAUGAUUGCUGAGCCCUACGCGCCAAUUAUCAACACUGGAACGCUCCAAGACAUGCCGUACUUUCACUUUCAACGAGGAGAGCUUCAUGACAAGCCAACCAUCAUCGAUGUCGCAGACAAUGAAGGCUACGGUUUCGUAGAACCAGUUUUCAACGGAUUUUUGUGUCCAAAUGAAACGUAUCCAUCUUCUCAAAAAGUAUGCGAAGAAAACUGGGACGCAUUCUUGGCUGCACUUUUGUCCCCUUCAGAUUUUAUAAAGAUCAUAAACGCUGGCUUUUAUAACUGUCCUGAGGAUGGCUCUGAAUGUCUGCAUAAAGUCGAUGAAUUUUUAACAGACUUUACUUGGUACUGCAAUGCAAGACGUUGUCUCGAAGACGGUUACCCUACUCAAGGAGCCGGAAGAACUCGAUUCGGCCGAAGCGACCGUAAAACGGGCCUCUACAUCGCACGUGUGAGCCAACGACUUCCAUGGGACAAAAUUGAAGAGGGAGUUCGACAUGGAGUCGGCGAACACUGGUACUUCCACGAUGCGCUUCGCAAUGAUCCACGAUACGCUGAUGAUAAACCCUUCCAGUACAGCUAUGUUCAAUACUUGUCGAAUUUUAUUCGAACUGGCGAUCCAAACAACUACCUUGGGAACCCUGUCGAAAAUGAACACAAAGAUCAGGCUGAUUGGGAAGAGUGGUCAGUCGGUAACAAGUUGCUCGAUGUCGGAGCAGAAGCAACACGUGGUUUCCAGAUGCAAACAUCCGAUCCCCGCGAAGCUCGCUGCGAUUUUAUAGACUCUCUCGAUCUGUACAUGACUAUUUAA